GGGCUCGGCUGUCUUGGCACCAAGCAGCACCCCCCACCCCCACCCCGCUUUUGUCCGGUGGGGCAGCGCCGACAGGCCCGGGCAGAAGCAGCAGCAGCGUGGCGGCCUCCUCCCUGGGCGAUCCCGCCCCCCUCCGCCUUUUCUCUGUUGUUUCGUCCCGCCUUUUUCCUCGCUGGAGCCCUGCGGCCGACCAGCCUUGCUUGCUGCGCGCCCUAGCCGAGGCCCAGGGCUUGAAAAACUGAAUCAAAUCUGAAAACGAUUUUGUCAAGGGACAAUCAAUGUUUCCGGAUACCACAACAGACACAGAUCAACAUUUUACAUAUCCCUGUUGAGUCUAAUGUUGGCCCGUGUCAGAAACAGGCUGCUGGACUCAGAGGAAACUUCCAUCUGAUCCAGCUUCUUAUGUUCGAGAUUCAGCAUACAAUCAUUGGCUGCAAAAACAACAUUUCAUAUUGUUUCUGGAAACAGUUGCCUGAACCAGAGUUGUACAUGAUAAGAACAUUCAGCUUCUAAGUGGGUACGAGUGUUAAAGCAAAGGUGGAGAACUUUCUUUCAGCCCAAGGGGCUUGUGAGCAACCAUCCAGGAAACCAGAGGCAAAAGCGACUCAACAUUUGUAUGAACUCUGAAAGUUAACUGAAGGCAAGAUGGAUGCUACAGUGAUAUUACCUAUUCUGAAGAAAAAGUUAGCCUUCCUUUCAGGUGGGAAGGAUCGAAGAAGUGGCCUCAUUCUGACAAUUCCAUUAUGCCUUGAACAAACCAAUAUGGAUGAGCUGAGUGUUACUUUAGACUACCUGCUAAGCAUACCGAGUGAAAAGUGUAAAGCUAGAGGAUUUACCGUUAUAGUGGAUGGUAGAAAAUCUCAGUGGAAUGUUGUCAAGACUGUUGUGUUAAUGCUACAGAACGUUGUUCCAGCUGAGGUAUCACUUGUCUGUGUAGUAAAACCGGAUGAAUUUUGGGACAAGAAGGUUACACACUUUUGCUUUUGGAAAGAGAAAGAUAGACUUGGCUUUGAGGUUAUUUUAGUAUCUGCCAAUAAGCUUACACGAUACAUAGAACCAUGCCAGCUGACAGAAGAUUUUGGAGGGAGUCUUACCUACGAUCAUAUGGACUGGCUGAACAAGAGGCUGGCAUUUGAAAAGUUUACAAAAGAAUCUACAUCUUUGCUGGAUGAGCUUGCCUUAAUCAACAGUGGAAAUGAUAAAGGAAACCAACAGGAGAAGGACAGGUCUAUAGACUUGAAUUUCCUUCCAUCUGUUGAUCCUGAAACAGUUCUGCAGACAGGUCAUGAGCUGUUAUCUGAAUUGCAACAACGCCGCUUUAAUGGUUCGGACGGAGGGGUUGCGUGGUCUCCCAUGGAUGACGAACUGCUUGCUCAGCCCCAGGUUAUGAAGUUGCUAGACUCGCUCAGAGAGCAAUAUACACGGUACCAAGAAGUAUGCAGGCAACGGAGCAAGCGCUCUCAGCUAGAGGAGAUUCAGCAGAAGGUAAUGCAGGUAGUGAACUGGCUUGAAGGACCCGGCACAGAACAGCUUAGAACCCAGUGGGGGAUAGGUGAUUCAAUUAGAGCCUCACAAGCUUUGCAACAGAAACAUGAAGAGAUUGAAAGUCAACACAGUGAGUGGUUUGCAGUGUAUGUGGAACUUAAUCAACAGAUUGCAGCUUUGUUAAAUGCUGGGGAUGAAGAAGACCUUGUGGAACUGAAAGCGUUACAGCAGCAGUUAAGUGAUGUUUGUUACCGGCAAGCCAGUCAACUGGAGUUCAGGCAGAAUCUGUUGCAAGCAGCACUUGAUUUCCAUGGCGUUGCCCAAGAAUUGUCUCAGCAACUAGACGGCCUACUAGGGAUGUUGUGUGUUGAUGUCGCACCAGCAGACGGGACGUCAAUUCAGCAAACUCUAAAGCUACUUGAAGAGAAACUGAAAAGUGUUGACUUAGGUCUGCAAGGUUUGCGUGAAAAAGGUCAAAGUCUUCUUGAUCAAAUAUCUAACCAGGCAUCUUGGGCUUAUGGAAAAGAUGUAACCACGGAAAACAAAGAGAAUGUUGAUCACAUCCAGGGAGUGAUGGAAGACAUGCAGCUCAGGAAGCAAAGAUGUGAAGACAUGGUAGAUGUCAGACGAUUAAAGAUGCUUCAAAUGGUUCAGCUCUUUAAAUGUGAAGAGGAUGCUGCUCAGGCAGUAGAAUGGUUAAGUGAAUUACUCGAUGCUCUAUUGAAGACCCAUACCCGCCUGGGGGACGAAGCUCAAGAAACCAAAAUUUUGUUGGAAAAGCAUCGAAAAUUUGUUGAUGUAGCACAGAGUACUUAUGAUUAUGGAAGGCAGUUACUACAGGCUACCGUCGUUUUGUGUCAGUCUCUGCGAUGCACUUCUAGGUCCUCGGGAGACACGCUUCCAAAGCUGAACAGAGUCUGGAAACAAUUCACCAUCACUUCCGAAGAGCGAGUAACUAGGCUGGAGAUGGCUGUCGCUUUCCAUUCAAAUGCUGAAAAAGUUUUGCAAGAAUGCCCAGACCAGCCUGAAUCUAUACAUGACCAGGAACAAUUUGAAGAAAUUGAAGCCGUUGGAAAAUCACUUCUGGAUAGAUUAACAGUACCUGUUGUUUACCCUGAUGGUACUGAACAGUACUUUGGGAGCCCGAGUGAUAUGGCUUCUACAGCUGAACACAUUAGAGAGAAGAUAAGGCUGGUUUGUUUGAAAAAACAGCAGCUGAGACAACCAGAAGUCUGUACAACAGAGAGCUAAUAGUGUCCAUUUGCCAGUUCAUAAGAUGUCUCUACGUUACCCAGCAUGUCAUCUGCAUUCUGCGCCUGCCAUAAUACAUUAAAACGCAUUUCUACAGCUGUUAUGAAAGAAUCCCGUCCUUCUUGAAGUAAAAACUUACUCUACAUCUUAACAGUGUAUUUCUACCAAGCCAUAAUUAUUUAACAUGCUAUGAAACCAUAGACUUUAAAUAUUAUCAAAAGGAACUGAAAAUAUUGCACUGAACCUUUCUUUUUCUGAAGCUUCCCCCCCGCCCCAAAACCAGUCAGGUGCUUCUUUGCCUAAGCAGCUGAUACAAGCUUUGAAUGGUGCUAAUAAGUACAAGUUCCAUACAGAAUAGUAAUUCUCCUUAUUCUCCAGAUGAUGUAGUAUUUUUUAGGCUGUAGGCAAGCUAUCUGUUGUUUAGACAGUGGUGACCCUAUAGUUAUAAUUUGUAUUACUUUUCAAAUGGUCCCCUUUAUUGUGCCAAUAUACAUCCUGCCCAUCAAAUCUUUUGAAAUUCAUUAUAGUUGGUUUCCUCCUUCCAAUUUGUAUGGAUAAUGUAUUGAAAGCUGUUUUGUGCUUAAUAAAAUCCAUCUUUUUAAAUCUUACCAUCUUUUACGCAAGCCUGUAUUUCCUAAUGUGUAGCAGACCUUCAUCUGUAGCAGUGGGAAGGGCAGCCCCUUCCUUUGCCUUGCAACUCCAGUCUGCUUCUCUCUUACAACGUGAAAUGAAUGCACAGUCUGGAUCAGGGGUGGGGUGGGGAACCAUCUUAAUAGAUGAGUCCAGAAGGAAGGAAGCCUCACAUUUCUUCUGUUGACUAAAUUCAAAAGAUCUGUGCCAAGCAGAAAAGAGAAGGGAGGCACUUAUCAGCAAUAUUGGUGCUCAAUUUCCUCCUGCCUUCGUGAGAGGUGUGGCAGAGAAUGUGCAUCUUUCCUAUGUACAGCUCUCUGCAGAAAGGGCAGAAGGAAAUUUGAAUGUUCUAAAAAGAAAAGCUGAAGAGAUAUAAGGAAGCAAGUGAAACUAUUCAGAUAAUGAAUGAUGAGAGGGUUUGUUGGGGUGAGUUUCCCCCUCCAACAUGAUGUCAUUCUUUUUCUCUCCCCCCCCCCCACUUUCUGUACUAGUGAACAUUACAAGUAUGUUCUUUUAGUUAACGUGCUCUUUCCUGAAUAAGCUCAUGUUAAAUAGGUAGUUGGUAUGCAGUUUCCCAAAUCGAUAAAUGCUACAUAUUGUAAUAAAAGAUUAUUACACAUAGGGCAUAAUUAUGUGUAUUUGCUCUUUCAAUCUGCAAAAGCCAAAUAAAAAAAUAUUUUAUAUUUAUG